AGUCUCUGCUCCGAGGCCCGAAAGGUCUAAACCCAGUACCAAACCCUCGUCUCCUUCUUCCUUCCCGGCGCCGCACCGGAGAGCCGACAGAAGAGGGGAUCGACCGUCCGAUGUCGCUCUCCAAGCCGCUCUCCGCGCGCCGCCUCGUUCCGGCCCUCUUCCCGCUCGCCCACGCCGACCCCGCCUCCGCCGCGGCCUCCCGCCGGUCCCGCCGCCGCGGCGCCUUCGUCGCGACUCCCCCCUUGCCGCCGCCCUCCCCGAGCUCCGUGCGCCUCGCGGAGCCGCUCCCUUCGCUCGAGCCCUCCCGCCUCGCGCUCCACAACCGCAUCCUCGCGCUCCUCUCCUCCCCCGCCGGCAAUCCCGACCUCGCCGAGGCCGCGCUCCUCACCCGCCACGCGCUCCACUCCAACUGCCGCCCCUCAUCCUUCACCUGCGUCGCCGUCCUCGCCGCGCUCCUCCGCGCGCGCCGCCUCGAGGACUUCUUCGCGCUCCACCGGUUCGCGCUCCAGGCCGCCGUCCCACCCACCGCCGCCACCCACGCGCUCUACCUCUCCGCACUCGCCGCGCGACGCCUCCCCGACGCCGCGCUCCUCCACCUCCGCCACAUCGCCCGCCCUGGAUCCCCCGUGCCCCCCUCCCCAACGGCUUACCGCGUCGUCGUCAGGUGCCUCGUUGCGGACCAUGGCCGCCUCGCGGACGCCGUCGAGCUCAAGGAUGAGAUGCUCGCUUCCGGGUUCGUCGGGCCCGAUCCCCAGGUCUACAACCUUCUCAUGGCUGGGUUUGUGCAAGCCGGUGAUGGGGCCAAAGCCGUGGAGCUGUACCAAGAAUUGGAGCACAAGGUUGGGGAUGAGAUGAUUCUCGAUGGCAUCGUGUAUGGGAGCCUCAUGAAGGCCUACUUCCUUAUGGGAAUGGAGGAGAAGGCGAUGGAGUGCUACAAAGAGGUAAUCGGUGCGGAGUCGGAGGUGAGGUUUGGGACAGAGAGCUAUAAUGAGGUAGUGGAUGCGCUUGGGCAGAAUGGAAGGUUGGAAGAUGCACUUGAGCUGUUCGACAGAAUGCUUGGGGAGCAUAAUCCUCCGCUGAGGAUUGUGGUUAACGUGAGAAGCUUCAGUGUGAUGGUGGAUGCCUAUAGCGCCGCUGGGAGGUUUGAGGAUGCGAUUGCGGUGUUCAGGAGGAUGGGAGAGUGGAAGGUGGUACCCGAUGUAGCAGCAUAUAAUAAUUUGAUUCGGCAUCUCGGGCUUAAUCGGUUGGUAGAUGAGGCAGAGGUGCUCCACAAGGAGAUGGGCGAACAUAGUCUUGUUGCAGAUGAGGAAACAUACGUGCUGCUCAUGGAAGCAUGCUUUAGGGCUGAUCGCACCAAUGUUGGUAUCAGUUACUUCGACAAAAUGGUCGAGUUGGAGUUGAAGCCUGAUGCAUCUGCAUAUCAUGAACUUGUCGAUGGCUUGGUCGGUUUAAAUAUGCUUGACAAGGCUCAGGAGUACUUUGAUCAAAUGAGGGAGAAUGGAAUUGACCCAACCAUUUCAACCUAUGAGACACUGCUAAAGGCAUAUGUUGGCAUGAUGCAGUUGGAUGAUGCAGCAAAGGUAGCAAAGUGUAUUCUUUUAGAUGAGAAGGUGAUUUUCAGAGAUGAGAUGAGGGAGCUUUUGGAAUCUGCAUUGCGUAGAGAGGGCAGGGAUGAUGACAUUGCAAAGCUGUAUGAGGACGUGGAGAGGGAGAAAGCCGAAGCAGCAGCGCAGGCAGCAGAAGAGAAGGCGAGGGCGGAAGCUCUUGCCAGGGAAGAGAGGGAUGCGAGGAGGGCAGAGAUUGCUGCUAAGGAUGAGGCUGCAGCUAAAGCUAGUGCUGCUGCCAUUGAAGCUAUCCUUGGCCAUAGAAGGAAAACUGAGGGUCAGACGGAAGGAGCUGCAUCUCUUCCAAACACCCUGGACAGUGGGCUUCUCAGUAAGCUAGGCAUCAGGUCAGUUGGAGAAACCACACCUCAAGGCACUCCGCCGAGUACCGAAACAAAAAUAGGAGAUGUGCAGGAACAGUCUGGAGAAGUUGCGCCUCAAGGCACUCUGCUGAGUACCGAAACAAAAGGAGAUAGGCAGGAACAAGCUGGGGAAGUCACGCCUCAAGGCACUCCGCUAAGUACCAAAAUGAAAGGAGAUGAACAGCAACAAUUUUGAUGACCACUAGCCAUCAGUUCCCACUUUUGUUUUGAGCACUAAAUCAUAGGCUGUAGCAUGUAGCCCCAUAUCGGUUCCAAGAGCAUUAAUAGUUCAACUUUGGUGAAAUUACUGUCUCAAGUUGGGACUCUGUAACUUCAUUGAUGCUUAUAAUAGAUUGAUAACCAUGGAAUUUUGAUUGAUAAUCAUAGGAAGU